AAACACACACACACACACACACACACACACACACCACUGAAUCUCAACUCUUUCUUCAUCUUGCCAUGGAUGUGGAUAUGGAUACUUCUCCCAGCUACUUUGAUCCCGAGGACCUCAGCAGCAGAGAGCGCUUCCGCCGAUACGGGAAAAGAAAUCCGGGUUCAAGUCUGUCCCCUCACCAUGAUAGUUCGGCCUCAAGAUUUAGUAACGCUGCACUUUUUCUCGAAAAUAUAAAACACGAGGUUGAGAGUUUUGAUGCAGAUUUUGGGGAAACACAUUUUGACUCUGCUUCUAAAAUGAGAGAAUCUCUCGACGGUCUUGGAGUAUAUAGUGAUGCUGAUACAAUACGCAGGAGGGGUAGUGAAUCCUUAAAGGUCUGUAAGCAGGAAGAGCAUGAGCAAAUUGAAAGUGCAGAUACUACUUUCUCUUUAUUUGCUUCUCUACUGGAUUCUGGUCUGCAAGGGUUGAUGCAUAUCCCUGAUCUGAUACUACGAUUUGAGAGUUCAUGCCGCAGUGUUUCAGAGUCAAUUAGAUAUGGGGCCAAUGAGAGAUAUAGAAUUGUUGAAGAUAAAUUAAUGAGGCAGAAAGCUCGGCUCUUGCUUGAUGAAGCUGCUACCUGGUCUCUUUUAUGGUACCUAUACGGAAAAGGAAAUGGAGAUGUCCCCGAAGAUCUAAUCCUGUUCCCAACAACUUCACAUUUGGAGGCCUGCCAGUUUGUUGCAGCAGAAAAUAAUACAGCUCAUACAGCACAAUUAUGCCUCAGAAUUGUUCAGUGGCUUGAAGGAUUAGCAUCCAAAGCACUGGAUUUGGAUAAUAAGUUCAGAGGGUCUCAUGUGGGCUCUUACCUCCCGAGCUCUGGAGUUUGGCAUCAUACUCAACGACAUCUUACGGGAGGCGCCUCAAAUACCAAGACUAUUCAUCACUUGGAUUUUGAUGCUCCAACACGUGAACGUACUCAGCAGCUGCCUGAUGACAAGAAACAAGAUGAAUCUCUUUUAGAGGAUGUCUGGACUCUUCUUAGAGCUGGAAGACUAGAAGAGGCAUGUAAUCUUUGCCGGUCUGCGGGACAGCCAUGGAGAGCUGCGAGUUUAUGUCCCUUUGGUGGUUCCAAUUUGUUCCCAUCUCUUGAAGCCUUGGAGGAAAAUGGCAAGAACAGAGUGCUGCAGGCCAUCGAACUAGAAAGUGGAGUUGGUCAUCAAUGGCAUCUUUGGAAAUGGGCAUCCUAUUGUGCAUCUGAAAAAAUUGCUGAGCAAGACGGGGGAAAAUAUGAAAGUGCAGUAUAUGCAGCUCAAUGCAGCAAUUUGAAGCGCCUUCUUCCAGUUUGUACGGACUGGGAGUCCGCAUGCUGGGCAAUGGCCAUGUCAUGGCUUGAUGUCCAAGUUGAUAUAGAAAUAGCUCGCUUGAGACCAGGUGGACUGGAACAGUUCAAGAGUUUCGAAGAAGCAAUCGAGAGAAGUCCCGGGCAAGGAGAUCUUGCGUCUCAGCUGAGUGGACCAGAUAGUUGGCCGCUUCAUGUCCUGAAUCAGCAACCAAGGGAUCUUUCUUCCCUUCUCCAGAAGCUUCAUUCAAGUGACACUGUGCACGAGGCUGUUACUCGAUCAUGCAAGGAGCAGCAAAGGCAAAUUGAGAUAAAUCUUAUGUUAGGCGACAUUCCUCACCUGCUCGACCUCAUCUAUUCAUGGAUAUCACCUUCUGAAGAUGAUGGGAGUAUUUUCAGGCCUCAUGGUGACCCACAGAUGAUGCGCUUUGGUGCUCACUUAGUUCUCGUGCUUAGACACUUACUUCAUGAUCAAAUGAAUGAUACUUACAGAGAGAAGAUGGCGACGGUUGGUGACUUCAUUAUUCACAUGUACGCAAUGUUUCUUUUCACUAAGCAGAAUGAGGAGUUGGUCGGCCUCUAUGCUUCUCAGCUUGCGCGCCAUCGCUGCAUUGAUCUAUUUGUACAUAUGAUGGAGUUGAGGCUCAAUAGCAGUAUGCAUGUCAGAUACAAGAUGUUUAUAACAGCUAUUGAGUAUUUACCAUUUUCUCCGGAAGAUGAAUCCAAAGGCAGUUUUGAAGAAAUCAUUGAGAGAAUUUUGUCAAGAUCUCGAGAAAUCGGUGUCGGGAAACACGACAAGUCAUCUGAUGUUGCAGAAGAACAUCGUUUGCAGAGCCUACAGAAAGCUAUGGUUAUUCAGUGGCUCUGCUUUACACCUCCUUCCACAAUUAAUGAUGCUAAAGCUGUUACCGAAAAACUCGUUCUCCGUGCAUUAAUGCAUAGCAAUUUGCUCUUUCGAGAGUUCGCUCUUAUUUCAAUGUGGAGGGUGCCUGCAGUACCUAUUGGGGCUCACACAGUGCUUAGUUUACUUGCUGAGCCUUUGAAACAACCAACAGAAAUUCUUCUUUCCACCGAAGAUCAUGAUGUCGCUGAGAGUUUGAAAGAGUUCCAGGAUUGGAAUGAGUACUAUUCUUGUGAUGCGAAAUAUCGCAACUGGUUAAAAAUUGAACUAGCACAUGCUGAGGUUUCACCCGAUAAACUGUCCGCCGCAGAAAAACAGUUAGAAGUUACAGCAGCCCAUGAAGCUCUUAAUUCGUCACUUUUAUUGCUAGAAAGAAAAGAUAAUCCCUGGCUGGUCCCAACUCAAGAUCAUUUACAUGUAUCGGUGGAACCUGUAUACCUGGAACUACAUGCUACAGCUGUUCUGAGUCUACCUUCUGGGGAGUGUUUGUCUCCUGAUGCUACAUUGUGCACUACGUUGACAAGCGCCCUUUACACAUCAGUAAGCGAGGAAGAAGUUCUGCAUCGAGAAUUGAUGGUGACGUUUCUAUCUCUUCAAAGGACAGUUCUUGCAUUGAAGUUGCCCUUCGCUGCUCAGCAAUGGAGGGUGAUGGGCUUGGACCACAUGAUCUCAAUGAUGGUGGAAUUCUGGCUAAUGUCAUGGCCGCUGGCUUCAAAGGGGAGCUGAGUCGAUUUCAAGCAGGAGUAACAAUGGAGAUAUCCCGCUUGGAUGCUUGGUAUUCAACUGCUGAUGGUUCUCUUGAAGGACCAGCAACAUAUAUAGUUCGUGGACUUUGUCGCAGGUGUUGCAUCCCGGAAAUUUUUCUU